GAGGACUUGCGACUUCCCGCACUGAGACACAUCAGAAGCAAAUGGGGAAGCCGUGUCGGAGGAAAACGAAGAAGCAGACACGAGGAAAGAGAGACGCGUUGUUCAGCUUUGUUGAAAGCCCAGUUUCCUUGCCAGAUCGGGGUUAACCGCUCGACUCUGGCUGAGCGUUCCCAGACUCGUCAGCGUUUUUCUGUUUCACAGAAAGAUCCCGUUUUUCUUGUCGAGCAGGGGAGAGUGUGGCGCAGAGUCCUCCGUUCCCCGAACUUUCUGACUUUCUCCGCCGGCGCUUCUGUCUCCGUGCCUACCGACGCUGAUGUCGCUCCAUAGGUGCUCGUUCGGGAGCAAUUUGCGUCUUCCCCGGGAGUCCCCUUGAGUCCAUAUUUUUUCCGGUCCUCUCGAGCUGCGUGGGGGUAGAGGUGUGUCUGUGUUUCCUUUCGUCGAAAAACGUAUCCAGGUUUCUUUCUCCGUGGUCGGUUGGAAAAUCUCGGCAGCGCGGGCCGUGCAUGUGAAACAGGCAAAUGAAGCUCAAGGGAGACGCGACAGUCGUCGACUUGUGCAGCGCUUUUUCGUCUUCAUCCACAUUUGAGAAGCCGCGUUCGAUUCGUUUUUAGGCACUUCUGAUUUCCGGUAACUUCACACUCUCUCCGUUGUCGCUGUAGUCCUCUCUUGUUGCCCGCCCCUUCCUGUGCUCGUAACAGUCGUAGACUUUUCUCUCCCCCUCCAAAGCUGUUUCUCCCUCCCUUCUUCCUCCUUCAAUUCCUUUCUGCCUGCCUCUCUCUUGCCUUUCUGCGCCGUUCCCUCGCAACUUUUUCUACACCUCUGUGCCUUUUUCGGUGCUCUUUCUUUCUGACGGGUUCCUUCAUCUCCUUCUUCCCUGCAGUUUUCCCCUUCCUUGCCGCAUUUCCUCCCUUUUUGUACCUCUCUCUGGCUCUUCGCCGCUCACCUGUCUCCUCACCAUGGGCUACUCUGCCUCGCGAGGCUCGCCGUCGCCGCGCCGCAGCGGGAAGCGCAGCCACAGGAGACAUGAGUCUUCGUACAGCGACCGACACCGCUCUGGCGACAGAGAGCGAGAACGAGAAAGAGAGCGAGAACGAGAGCGAGAACGAGAGCGAGAAAGAGAGCGAGAAAGAGAGCGAGAAAGGGAGCGAGAACGAAUGAAGUCGUCUUCGUACGGGCGCUCGGGGAAGCACCGCUCUCGGUCGCGCUCUCACCGCAGAAGUCGGUCGCGCCACGAGGAGCGCCGAGGAGCUUCUUCCUUCUCCUCCACUCCCAGUGGGUGGAAGAGCGAGAAGAAGAAACAGUACCGCUUCGACUCGCCGCCUCGCACUGGCGAGACUCCGGAGGAGCAGCAGAAAAGACUUCUUCAGCAACACAUGGGCGCUGCGCCGACAGUUGCAGGCACGACGCUCCUGCCGACCGUCGCGCCCUCUGCCGCCUUCUCAGGCCCAGCCAGCAGUCUCGCGCUGGAUGCUGCAGCAACGAAGGCGGCGAGGGAACUGUACGUCGGCAAUCUGCCUCCCUCUCUCGAAGUUCCGCAACUCAUGGAGUUCCUCAACGCCGCAAUGGCGGCCGUCGGCGGAGCACUGUUGCCAGGUCCGCCGGCGGUGAAGGCCUGGCGCAGCACCGACGGACACUACGCGUUCGUCGAGUUUCGCACGAUGGAGGAAGCGAGCAACGGGAUGCAGUUGAACGGCCUGAACUGCAUGGGCUUCAAUCUCCGCAUUGGGCGCCCCAAGACGUACCCGCAAGAAAUGAAUCAUCUCAUCCCGCCGCCCACCAUUCCUCUUCUCCAUCCGCAAGCUGGCAUGGUCGGCGGCGGACUACCUGGUGUCGGACUCGGCGCCGUCCCCGGAGGCGCUGUGGGCCUUCCUGGAGCCCAAGCGACCGCUGUCGGAGGCGCCGCGGCGGGUGUGGGGACACUUGGAGGCGCAGCCGCCGCCGGCGCCUCCGGAACCGGCGUCGCAACGGUCGCUUCCAACCCCCAGGCUGCUCUCGCAGCUGCGCAACUCGCCGCUCACGGAGUCACUUCUGAAAAAAAAGAAGAAAAGAAUCAGCAACCUGAGCGUCUAUGCAUUCUCGAUCUCCCGCCCCUCAUGUCGGAAGAAAAAGUGCGGCAGCUGGUCGAAACGUUCGGCCCAGUAAAUGCUUUUCAUUUGCUGAAGAAGGACGACGGCUCUGAGAUGGUCUGCAUCGUCGAGUACGUGGAUUUAGAGAGUCAGGAGCAGGCGAUGGAUAUUCUGCACUCGAACUCGCCUUAUCGCAUUCUCCUCGCGGAAGAGGCGAUUCAGCAGGAAGUCAUCGCGCCGUUCUUCAAGAAGGCAAAGGCGAAGCAUCUGAAGACUGAAGACGAAGAAGAGGAAGAGGACGACCUCGCGGAUGGAGAGAGAAUGAACAUCCAGAGCCUUCUCAGGCCUCAGGUCUGCACGCGCGUCCUCCUCCUUUCCAACAUCGUCGAGGUUGAAGAUCUUCUGGACGACAAGGAGUACGAGGAUAUCGUGGAGGACAUCAGGCUGGAGUGCGAAGAGUGUGGAGGCCCGGUGUUGUCGGUGAACAUCCCGCGCCCAGUGAGGGGAUUCGAACACGAGAGCAAACCUGAGUUUCAGCAGCAGCAAGAACGCGAGGCACUGGCGAAGAAAGAAGAAGUGACGGUGAAGCAGGAGGUGACGGAACAGACUGCAGGGGAGGAGGACGCGGGCGAGAAGGGCAGGCAGGAGAAAGAGAAAGCGAAGAGCAGCGAAGAGCAGAAACCGGCGACCAUCGGUUUCGCCUACGUCGAAUUCGAAGACUGCGAGUGGUCGGCGAAAGCGAGAAAAGCUCUCAACGGCCGCAAGUUUGGCGGCAAGAUCGUGGAGGCACACUACUUCAGCGAAGUCAAAUUUCGCAAGGAGAUGUUCUACGACCCGAAACCGAACUUCCUUCGCUCCCACUCCUCCCUGUAUAACAAAACCUUGGCGUACGACGGACCGCGACGACAGCCAAAGAAGGAAGAAGACGAAGAGAGGGAAGAGACUUCGCCUUCAGCUGCCCCGUCGAGUGCCGCCUGCGCCUCCUCAGGUUGUGCGUCCGGGGCUGCGUGUUCCCAUCCUGGCGGAUCUUGUUGCCCCCCAGCGGCCGCCGGCGCGCCUCCAGGCUCCGGUGUUCCACCUGGUCCGCUGCCGUCGCCCCCCGCCGUCGCAGGAGUUGGCGGAGACUCCGCGGGCCUCGUGCCCCCACAGGGGCCAGGCGGUUCCCCGGGAACUGGCGGCUGCUACGCGAAUGGAGGCGCGUAGAGAAGCGUCGUCUGUGUUCUAUCACUGUCGCAAUCCUGGGCAAGAAACUGAGUGCGAUCCGAGGACAUGAGCGCGAGGAGGGCGAGCUAGGCGACGGGGGGGAGGCGGAGGGGGGGAGAUAGGGCCGACCAGAACAAACCUAUAGUGGUACGCGUGUGGGUCCUUCCGCUGCAGGAGCUGUGGUACGACUCUUUCUUUAGGGAGUGUUCUCGGGUCUGGUUUACAGAGAAAAGGAGAAGUAUGUAAAGGCAGGUGUGCAAGCGGUGCUAGAGAUUCAAAUGUGAGGCGGAGGUUGUGAGCAGACACACAGAUAAGAGAAAAACGGUCACGCGCGGAGAAAUGCAGAUGUAGGCGCUGUUUUUUGGGGGUAAAUGUGACAAGAGGGCGCAGAGUGGCGAAACGAGGCGGCUUUCAGAGGUUCUGAGACGCCCCGUCGAUGCAGAGGUGAAGGAGACAGUGUGCGCGGCGCGUUUAGGAAACGCAGAAGAAAGCAGGAAGGAGUGAAUUAGGGGCGUAGGUACACAGCGUCGAACAAAUUGGUUUUGUGCACGUUGCCCAAGGGCCGGGGUCAGCUGCAGCCUCGGCACUGUCAAUGGUCUUUUGAUUCACAUGAAUGGAGUUGCAUGUUAGAUGAGCGUCGCUUCCAUACUCUGUAGUCAGGCGACAGUCAGAACACUCCCUUCCAUCAGACAGUGGCAGAGUUGAUCCUCUUCUUUGCUUUUCUUUGCCGGGAGCGGGGGACGCGGAGGGACAAGGGAAGCGCGCGCGUGGAGUCUCGUUUUCUUGGCUGUGUAGAGCGACUUUCCCGGACGGAAAGAAAACGUGUCUCUUUCUGUUCCCUUUCUUCCAGAGUGUCUCUGUCAAUGGCCUUCGUUUCGUGACUUCCUCUGUUUCGAGCCCUUGCUCUCGUGUUUCUCGUUUUUCUGGGAUCGACAGCUUGUCCGUGUGACUCGUUCGAGGGGGGUGUCUGAAGAAGGUUCUUGUGGCGAAGGGCUGUCCUCGAGCGGAUACAACAGCGAUACGAAUUUCCCUGAUCCGUUGCAGACCUGUGCAUGAAGAAUGUCGCUUUUCUCCAGAGAAGUCGUCGUCUCUGUCUUGCUUCGUAUAGAAAGAGAUUCUUCAGAACCCAUUCUCCGCGGAGAGGCCGAAGCGUGAAGCAAGAGAGAACAGGACCGUUCGAACGAUUCCUAGGCCGCGGCUGCAAGCAUUUCGCGGAAUUUGCGGUCGCAGCCUAUGAGGCGUUUUAGUUGAGAGAGCUGGCAAUGCUACGCGUACGCGAGGCCCGGUCCGAGUGCUUGCACUUACUCCAGUCUUGGGAUGUGCUUUCGGUUGAGGGGGACAUGCUUCACCAUUGACGCUGAGACUUGUUAGGAAGAAGAUUGGUACUACCGGCUGUGAAAUAAGCCGAGGCCAGCCCAUGGCAUUCACUGUUCAUCUAAGGGUAAAACAGUGGAAGGUCACUGCCGUACGUUCGCUGGUGUAUCUCCGCUACACUACUGGACUGUUUGCAAGGAAAAGGCGUGAGAGCUCAGCUUCCUAAAAUAUUCCUUCUCUAAAAUAUUCUACAUUGGUUAGCUGCUACGCACAAUGUUUUGUCGCUUGUAACGGGGAAAGUCGACUCAGCUUCGAGCCACGCACUUUUUCUGCGGCGGCUUCUACCUAAACGCGACAAGAUAGUCGGCAGUGGUAACUCCCCUAGAGACCCUCAAGCAGGGGGUAUUUCAGGAAGGCUGUCAAUCUUGAUAGUUUGAGGGUUGGAAGAAAAGAUGACCGAAUGCUGAGGCCCUCUCUGAUGGUGCAGAAUGCGACGGAGCGGCUACACUGACUGAACUUGCCCGAGGAGAUCCAGUUUCGAGAGCAUGAUCCUCGGCGACAAUCUCGUGUGCCAUGCUACGUGUCAGGUCGCCACCGGGCGCUGCGGCUACAGCACGAAGUUGUGAGAAAUCAGAAAGGACAAACGGCGCUUCCGGAAGAACUGGAAACAAGCGGGGCUUCACCGCGAGCAUGGUCUAGUGGCUAUGACGCUCGCCUCACACGCGAGAGGUCCCGGGUUCGAUCCCCGGUGCUCGUACGUAUUAACGUUGUAACAUAAGAUCAAUUUGGCCGAUCAAGUUCGGAGGUGUGGCGUGUUCUAGUCCUCGUUUCCCUCUACCGUUCUCUGCCUUAGAACUCACACAACACUGGCAAUCACCACUCGACCGUUGGGCAACCCCCAUGAACAGCACCCGUUACUCCAUCGCUGCGUCUCACGAUUCGAAAGAAGGUUUAUCGAGGAUUGCAUCAGAUAAAAAUGUUGACUGCACAUCGGAAAUUGCUGUUUUUCAUUCAUUUACGCGUGUGCCAUUGACCAGCACGAAGACGACUUGCUCCACUAUGUACCAGCACAUGCGAGAUGGAACUUGGGGUCUCAUCCUGUACGCAC